GAGAUGAUCGCCGGGUUCUACUAUGGCACAUGGAACAAGCCAUCCACUCCAGAGUCAAGCCCAUGCAGCUGAAAGGAGAACAUCAUUCCAAUAUUUUUUGCCUGGCUUUCAACAGUGGGAACACCAAAGUAUUCUCAGGAGGAAAUGAUGAGCAAGUUAUUCUCCAUGAUGUUGAAAGCAGCGAGACCCUGGACGUGUUUGCCCAUGAAGAUGCGGUAUAUGGCUUGUCUGUGAGCCCGGUGAAUGACAACAUUUUUGCCAGCUCCUCAGAUGAUGGCUGGGUUCUCAUCUGGGACAUCUAGGAGUCUCCCCACGGAGAGCCCUUCUGCCUGGCAAACUAUUCAUCAGCCUUUCACAGUGUCAUGUUUAAUCCUGUGGAGCCCAGGUUACCGGCCACAGCUAAUUCAAAGGAAGGAGUGGGACUCUGGGAUAUUAGAAAACCUCAGAGUUCUCUCCUGCGCUAUGGUGGCAACCUGUCCCUCCAAAGCACCAUGAGUGUGCAAUUCAACAGCAAUGGGACCCAGCUCUUGGCCCUGAGGCGUCACCUGCCCCCUGUGCUGUAUGACAUCCACUCCCGCCUGCCUAUGUUCCAGUCUGACAAUCAGGGCUACUUCAACUCUUGCACUAGGAAAAGCUGCUGUUUUGCAGAAGAUUGUGACCAAUACAUCCUUUCAGGCUCUGAUGAUUUCAACCUACACAUGUGGAGAAUUCUUGCAGAUCCAGAAGCAGGUGGCAUUGGUAGGGUAGUCAACGGAGACUUCAUGGUGCUGAAAGGGCAUCGGUCUAUUGUUAACCAGGUUCAAUUUAAUCCCCAUACCUACAUGAUCUUCCCUUCUGGUGUAGAAAAGAUCAUUAAGAUCUGGAGCCCAUACAAGCAGCCAGGAUGUACCGGAGACCUCGAUGGUUGGAUCGAGGAUGAUUCCCGCUGCCUCUAUACCCACGAAGAGUACAUUAGUCUGGUGCUGAAUAGUGGGAGUGGCCUGUCACAUGACUAGAUGGCCUUCUUUGACUUCCUGGUGCGCCGCGAGAUUGAGGGCUGGAGCUCCAUCUCAGACAGUGACCUCAGUGAGAGUACCAUCCUCCAGCUGCACGCCGGUGUCAGUGAGCGCUCCGGCUACACUGAUUCAGAGUCCUCGGUCUCACUGCCCCACUUCCCACCCCCCACAGUGGACAAGUCUACCGACAACACCUUCCACCUGGGGCCCCUGAGGGUCACCACCACAAACACAGUGGCAUCAACUCCGCCACCACCCACAUGCGAGGAUGCAGCCUCUCGCCAGCAGAGCUUGUCUGCUCUGCGGCUCCUGGCCCUUUCCAAUGAGUCCGAUUCUGAAGAAAACACCUGUGAGGUUGAACUAGACACCGAUCUUUUCCCUUGGCCACGAUCUCUCAGCCCUGAAGAUGAGUCCAGCAGCUCCAGCAGCUCCAGCAGCUCAGAAGAUGAGGAGUUGCUGAAUGAACAUCGAGCUUCCACCCAGCAGCAGAAUGCCGUGCGGCGCCGACAGAAGGCACCCCUAGAAGAGAGGCCCAGUGUCCCAACCAAGCCCACCAACACCUACAUUGGAGAAGACAACUAUGAUUACCCCCAGAUCAAAGUGGAUGACUUCUCUUCCUCCCCUACCUCCUCCCCUGAGCAGGGCACUUCCACCUUGGAGAUUCAGCCGAGCCGGGCAUCACCGACUUCUGACAUAGAGUCGGUCGAGCGAAAGAUUUAUAAAGCUUACAAGUGUCUCCGCUACUCCUAUAUCUCCUAUUCAAAUAACAAAGUUGGAGAGACCUCCCUAGUGUCUGGGGAGGCAGAUGAUGGGAGAGCAGAAACCAGCCACAAGGACAACCCAGCCCCUUCUUCCAGUGAGGAAGCUUGUCUAAACACAGCUAUGGUCCCGAGGAACCAGGACCUGCCCCCUGAAGGCCACAGCAAGGAUGCUUUUAAAGAAGAGGCUUCUAGAAACUCUAGCAAUAGCCCAGGCCAUGAGCAUGGCAGCCACCCUUGGGCAGAGGUGCCAGAGGGCACUUCUCAGGAAACUAACAAUGGUGGCUCUGUAGAACACUCUUUCGAAACCAAGAAGCUCAAUGGAAAAGCCCUGAGCAAGGCCUUGAGCAGCCGGGCUGAGGAGCCACCCUCUUCUCCUAUCCCCAAGGCAUCUGGCUCCACUCUCAGCAGCGGGCCUGGCAACUGUCCCAGGACCCAGUCCGACAACAACGAGGAGAGGAGCCUGGAAACCGUCUGUGCCAACCACAACAAUGGACACUUGCACCCCCGUCCCCCUCACCCCAACAAUGGACGGAACUUUGGGGAGCUGGAGGUGGUGGCCUACUCCUCCCCAGGACAUUUGGACACUGACCAUGAUAACUUGUCACUCCUACACAAAGGGACACUCCUACACAAAGAUUAUUGUGGCUCUGAAAUGGCCUGUGAGACCCCGAAUGCUGGAACGAGAGAGGACCCCACUGAUUCUCCAACCACAGACAGCAGCAGGGGUGUUCAUGGCCACGGUGGCCUCAAAAGGCACCAAGUUGAUUUAGAAGAUGCAGAUUCAGAGAAUCCCUCCUCAGAGAAGAAAUUAAAAACAUGAUAAAUACAAAAGGGGAAAAAGAAGCUACAAAAAGUAGCCUUACAAAGAAAAAAUUCUGUUUAGUGAACACAGAGGA